AUGCCGUGCCGCAUGGGGUACCGCACACACAGCAGCCCGCGCAGUGCAUCCUGCAGCAGCAGCAGCAGCAGCAGCAGCAGCAGCAGCAGCAGCAGCAGCAGGAGUGGGAGGAGGAGGAGGAGGAGCAGCAGCAGCAGCAGCAAUAGCAGCAGCAGCAGCAGCAGCAGCAACAACUGCAGCAACAGCAGCAACAACAACUGCAUCAGCAGCAGCAACAACAACACCCGCCAUCACCCGCUUGUGCUUCGGCCGGCCCACACUGCAGCAGCAGCAGCAGCAGCAGCAGCAGUAGCAACAGCAGCAGCAGGAGCAGCAGCAGCAGCAGCAGCAGGAGCAGAAUGA